GGAUUAAAAGAUUAACAAACAGUCACAAACCAUGGGUGGACAUUUUUUUGGCAGUACAUGGCAAUGAGGUGGUAAAAAAAUGAUAGAUUUUGGAGAUGAAUAUAUCUAUACUAUUAUAAACCAUAGCAAUGAUUUUUGGCGUGAUGUUUUUCAAUCAUGGUUAACAAUGAUUCGAGCAAUGGAUGAAAAGUAUUCCAUGCAAAAACUCAAUUCUAUUCCAGUAUGGCAAAACACAAAUAUGUGUGUUGGUAAUAAAGACAUUUAUGUUAAAACAUGGUAUCAACAUGGUGUGAAAAUAAUUGGAGACUUUUUAGAUGAAGAUGGAAAUUUUUUAUUACUACAAGAUUUUUCACAAAAAUUUAGACUAGCAAAUGUAUGUACAAUGCAAUACAACAGUAUUACCAGUACUAUAUCUAAGUUUUUAAAGACUUUGUCUGUUAAGAGAUCAGAUGUUAAAAAAAAUUGUACACCAUUUAUUCCUUUUUACUUUGAAUUUAUACUGUUGAAUGAUAAAUGUUCCAAAGUGUUAUAUGAUAUGAUAAAUAGUAAUGAUCUCAUACCCAAAUCAAUUCAAAAAUGGAACACUGAAUUAUCUGUACAUUUAGAAGGCAAUGUUUCUGUUAAAGAGCUGUUUAAAGCUUGUUUUAAAACAAGUACUGAUACCCAAGUUCAGUGGUUGCAGUACCGAAUCCUUUACAAGCUUCUUCCUACGAAAUAUUACCUCAAGAAAAUCAGUAUAAUUUCAGAUGACUGUUGUUCGUUUUGUAAAGAAAAUGUAGAAACAAUGCAACAUAUGUUUAUGUCUUGUUCUUAUACUUUAGCACUUUGGAAUAAUCUUAGCAUGCAUAUUUUCAGAAAAACAUCAAAAAGAAUUGGUUUCAAUGUCAGUAAUGUUAUUUUUGGUGAAACGCCUCGCAGUUUGUGUAAUAAAGUUGUUAAUUUCAUAAUUCUGUAUACCAAACAAUAUGUUUUCAAUUGUUCAAAACAAAACAAAAUUCCUCAUAUUACUGGGCUGAUACAUUAUCUUUCUUUCAAAUACAAAGUUGAAAAAUUUAUAGCAAUUAAAUCAUGUGAAGUUUUGAAAUUUGACAGACUUUGGGAAAACUGGAAAAUUAUUUUUGAUCUGUAACCUAGAAUAAGAAGUAUUCAACCAAUAAAGCUGAACUAGUAGUGUGAAAGAGUGUGAGAAUGUAUAAAAUGAUUAAUAUGUAUCUUCAUUACUAUUACUGAUGAUUAUGUGAAUAUGGAAAAAGAAUAAAUAAAAAAAAAAAGAAGAUACAUACCAAUCUUUAUGAAUUUUUACUGGUAAAUCAUUCAAAUUGACUGCAUGUAGACGGGCCCCACUCCCAAUUUAAUUAGAAUUUGAUUUUAGAUUCGCAUACUCGCUACACUAGCAUCUAGAGUCUCGUCAGAGAUCAAUCUCGAAAUAGUGACCAUCUCAAAGGAUCUCACUUAAAUUAGCAAAAUUCAUGUAAGAUUGUUCUAAAAUAUUGUUUUCAGAGAGGACCAUUCUGUACUCAGCAAAGAUGUAUGGGUGAAGUUUGAGUCUGGUAAAGACAAGGGGAGAGAAAUAUGCUCGAAAAGAGGAUUUUACACAAAUUCGCCUGUGACCUUGAUCUAGAAAAUUGGUUCAUAGUCACUGCUCAUCACCCACCCAUGGACACUCUAUGGGUGAGGUUUGAGCCCGACUGUGACAAGGGUAGAAAAAAUAUGCUCCAGACAAAGAUCUUACACAGAAAAGGGCAGCCAGAAUCAUAUUGAAUGUGAAAGUAACUCAGACUUCUACGGUUGAUAUUUUUAAUGUUCUUAAAUGGUUGCCUGUUCAUGAUUAUUUUAGUGCUUGCUUUUAAGGUUCUUAAAAAUAUGUCACCAGAAUACUAGUAUAUGAACGUUUUUAGCUUUGUCAGCCAAGUUAGUUCCAGAACAACAAGAAGUAGCGAUACUGGCAUUUUGUAUUAACCAAAAGUUCGAACUGAAUAUUAUAAACGGUCUUUUAAGGUAUCCUCCACCAUUUUAUGGAAUCAGUUGCCCGCGUCUGUCAGAAGCUGUGGUUCUAUUACAUCUUUUAAAUCGGCACAUUUGCAACACUAUUACUCAAAUACGUGAUAUAUAGAUAUAUAUAUGUUUAUUUUUCCAAGUGAUAUCGUGUGUAUAUUUUAUGUAUAUACUUUAUAUUAUGUUAUCUAUUUUUCUAUUCUCUCAUUUAUCUGUCUGUGAAUAUGUUUUAUACCGGACCACAAUGUAAAAUAGUCAUUUGUACUAAUUGUGCUAUCCUGUCUAAGUAAAGAAUUUAUUAUUAUCAUUAUAACACACUUUGAAUGAAAGUGUAACACACAACAACGUCCA